AGCGGAUCCGUGCAGUAGUGUAGUAUUUUCUGAGAAGGUUUUCUUUCCCAGGACUGUGUUUGUUUUUGGGGGCGUUUCAUCUUUUAUUCACAUCACGUCCAUUAUGACUAUGCUGGGGAUUUUGUCCAGAGCCAUGGGAAUUUCUGACUUGCUCCUGAUGGAAAUAAGUGUCUAUCUGUAUCUGGUAAAAGUGGCCUGGCAAUAGUUCAAUGAAGUUGAUUUGAAUAGAUGGACAUCCGUGAACACAUGUACUGGGAGCUGAUCAUGUCCUGUUAACAUCAGCGUUUGAGAUUUUGAUGGUUUUUAUAACGAAAGCUGGCAUGGCGAAGCCGUCCUGCCUGGUGAAGCCGGUGGCCUUGAGUAAGAUACCUGGACGCUAUCUGGCUCAUCAGGAGUCUCUCCCAAAGCUGCCAGUGCCUCCUCUGAAGCAGACGUGUGACCGCUACCUGGCCGCUCUGGAGCCCAUAGUGGAAGCUGAGGAGCUGAAACACACUCACAGGCUCUUGGAGCAGUUCCAGCUGCCUGGUGGAGAGGGAGAGAGACUGCAGAAGAGCCUGGAGAGGAGGGCAAGCAAGCUGGAAAACUGGCUCUCUGACUGGUGGUUACAGACAGCAUAUCUGGAAUACCGGAUGCCUGUGGUGGUCCACUCGAGUCCCGGAGUCGUCCUUCCUCGCUUACAGUUUAGUGACCGUCAAGGUCAAGUCAGAUACGCAGCUAAACUGAUUGCAGGAGUUUUGGAUUUCAAGACCAUGAUUGACAAUGAAACGUUACCGGUGGAGUAUCUUGGUGGGAAGCCGCUGUGUAUGAAUCAGUAUUAUCAGGUUCUGUCCUCUUGCCGCAUACCCGGCAUCACAAGAGACUCGGUGGUGAAUCACGCUUUGAGCAAGAGGCCUCCAACUCACAUCACCGUGGUGCACAACUUCCAGUUCUUUGUGCUGGAUGUGUACAACAGUGAUGGCACACCACUGACAGUGGAUCAGCUCUAUAUUCAGCUGGACAGAAUCUGUAACUCUUCCCUCCAGGCUAACGAGGAGCCGAUCGGCAUCCUCACCUCCAAUCACCGCAACAGCUGGGGCAAAGCCUACGCCAACCUCAUUAAAGACAGAACGAAUAAUGAGUCAGUGCAGGCGAUUCAGAGGAGCAUCUUUACCGUGUGUCUGGACGCUCCAAUGCCUCAAGCCUCGGACGAGAUGUACCCCACUCGAGCAGCUGUGCAGAUGCUGCACGGAGGAGGCAGCCGCUGGAACAGUGGAAACCGCUGGUUUGAUAAAACACUUCAGUUUAUCAUCGGUGAAGAUGGGACAUGCGGUGUGAUCUAUGAACACGCCCCUGCAGAAGGUCCUCCGAUCAUAGCACUGAUUGAUCAUGUGGUGGAGUACACGAAGAAGCCAGAAAUGAUUCGGACCCCCAUGGUUCCUCUGCCCAUGCCUCAGAAACUGCACUUCAACAUCACACCAGAAGUUAAAAGCGACAUCGAGGAGGCUAAGCAGAACAUGAAUCUAAUAGUUCACGACUUGGAUGUGAGGGUGGUUGUGUUCUGCCACUUUGGUAAAAAUGUUCCAAAGUCUUAUAAGAUGAGUCCUGAUGCAUUUUUUCAGGUGGCUCUACAGCUGGCUUAUUACAGGCUGUAUAAGCACUGCUGUGCCACGUACGAGAGUGCCUCUCUGCGCAUGUUCAAACUGGGCCGAACAGACACCAUUCGCUCAGCAACCAUCGACUCUGCCAACUUUGUCCGAGCCAUGGACGACCUCGCCAAGCAGAACCCAGAGAAGGUGACUCUGCUGGAGAAGGCAGUGAAGGCCCACAGAGUGUACACAGACAUGGCGAUCCGUGGCCAAGCCAUCGACAGACAUUUGCUUGGCCUGAAGCUGCAGGCUGUUGAAGACUCGUCCUCUGUGCCAGAAAUCUUCACGGACAUGUCUUAUGCCAGAGCCAACCAUUACAACCUUUCCACAAGCCAGGUUCCAGCUAAGACUGACUGCGUGAUGUGUUUUGGCCCAGUGGUGCAUGAUGGCUACGGUGUCUGCUACAACCCCAUGGAGAAACACAUUAACUUUGCAGUCUCUGCUUUUAACAGCUGUGCAGACACCAGUGCCACACGACUGGCCCAUGCUCUUGAGGAUGCUCUGCUGGACAUGAAGAGCCUGCUGGAUCAGACAUUCAAAUCCAAGCUGUGAGGACAGCAAAGCUCGCUUCUGACUCUGUGGCCAUUACAUUGAAGUACUUCAGAGGACAUUAGGUUAAAGAUAAAUAUUUGAUCCUUUAAUGGAGUGUGUGUCAAUCGCUUUGCACAGAGCUGCUGUUUGCAAUGAGAAGACUUUUUAUGUUGUUUUACUGAACUGGUGACUGAAGUCGAUGUUUGAAAGAAAUGCCAUUGGACUGGGGGGUUUUUUCAGCAGUAGGCACAAAAUUACCUAAAAAAAAUUACUACCUUUCAUCUUCCAUGCUGUAGAGUGUAUGUCUGAUAAAAUGGUGCAUUUAAUUUUUAUUAAUCUAAAAUAAUGAAAACUGAGAAUAAGUGAUAAAUCAGUGAAGUGGGACUUUUCAUAUGAUCAAUUGCCACUAUGCUGUUUUUGUGUGUGUGUGUGUGUGUGUGUGUGUGUGAGAGAGAGAGAGAGAGAGAGAGAAUUUAAUUUGGAAUCAUAUCAUUAUAAUACAUUUUAAAUACUGGGCAGAAAUACUAGGUUUUCACUUAUGUGCACAGUGAUUUAUACAGGACCAUACUGUAAAUUAUUGACCAUUCUUGUAAUAAUGAGUGCCAUGUACUGCAUUUUCAGAUUCUAAUUGCUACAGCACUGCAUAGACACUCCUUUUAUUUUCACCUUUUUUUUAUCGUGAGAUUAAUGUGCCUUGUAACGA